UUUAUACCGGUCCUCAAAGCCAUUACACACAGAGAAAGCUGGGUCCAAAGGCACCGGAAUAGCUUCGAAAGUCGCACGGUAAGAGUAAACCUUAAGGAGGACAUUGACGAGGAAACGAGCGCGGAGGGAAAGGAGCGACAAAGGAAGGCAUUGCAGAGCUUUGCGAAAGAAUUCGGACGGGGUGUACGACAACAACGAACAAGAGGGAAGACCAAAGAAAGUGCUGGUACACUUCUACUUGCUCUGAGUAUGUUCAGAAGGAAUGCGUCGGCAUAUAGAGAGGUCGAUCUGCCGAAAGAGGUUCAAGGGAGUGAAGGACAAACUACAGUUCAAGACGCCGCCGAAAAAUAUGAGAUUAUCUAUUCAAAAGGCGACGUAGUUGCUCUCAAGCACAAUUACAAGAGGUAUAUCAUCCUUUCUUCCUUGCAGUUCUUUUAAAAGAUCUCCACUAUAACGGUGACGCAUUCCUGGAAGAUCACAUGGGUUUGAGAUGACUGGAACAGUCAGAAGAAGAUCCCCUUGUAUACCAGACUGGGCACCGUGACGAUAGAAAUUCACCUGAGUGUAUAUCAUCGGGAAAGUUCAAAUAAUGAAAGAUGUAAACAACUUCUGUUUGAGCUGCCUUGAAGAGCAACUCCUAGUUGCAUUGCUCCAGGGGUCAAUUGAAUCAGAUGAUUCACCUGCGUCAAGUGGUGACGAAGAGGAAGGGGAGCAAGCUCGGGCGGACAACUUUUCAGAGCCAAUUAGAUUUGAAGCUGGAAGGAGUAGGUCUGGAAGACCUACAACCAGAUAUGUCCUCUGA